GUUCCCGACGUUAGUCGGUGAGUAAAGUUCGGGAUUGUCGGUUGCAAUCGCCUAGUUGCUCCUGGUACGCGCGUCGUUCAGUAGCACUGGCAAUUAGGCACAGCACCUACAAUAGCAGCGAUUACUACUCCUUCAAGGGGCGACCCCCAGGGGUUGGCACAGCUAAACUAACACAUUAGCAAUAGGUAGCAAUAACAGUAGCAGGCAAACUGCUAGUCUGGUCGUUUUCUUGAAGAGGGUGAAUGCAGUAGCAGUGGUUGGUUGAAGCGGGGAAAUUUAAGUGUUUCGCAACGAGAUUUAGAUAUGGUGUGAGGUAAGCGAAAGGCGGGUGAUAAAAUUCAGUCUCUGCUAGUCCCGACGGCCGUGGCCAGGUACAAUCAUCCUGCUCUGUUGAUUGUUAAUUUUUUGCUAUAACAUGGUGCAACCAUACAAGCAAAGCUCCAGGUGGCACAAUCGAAGCAGCGUGAGAAAAUCUGUGACUAGUGCUGUAGUGUGCAAUCGUCUGUACUUUCUUCGAUCGAGAUACUGGGUUACGUAACCAAUUUUUAGAGUAUAGAUUUGUUAGGACGCGUUCAUAGACCUUCCCGCCCGCAAAAGGGGGGAAAUUCGUCGAAGGCAUCAGUGAAAUUAGCCGGCUACUCAAAUCUAGAUUUAUUUCGCAAGAUUGAGCGACUGUAUAAUUCCUUUUUAUUGCGGUGACGAACAGAGCACAAAGUAUGUAGAGUGGUCUGGCGGAGAAAGCAGAAUAAAGUGAGCUUCAUGUUGUAGGCCAACAUUCGAAUAGCUUAUUGGUGUGUAGGUGCCAUUGAAAGCAAAAACUCGUCAGCUUUUCAGGCGUACAAAAAGAGGAAAAUUAAUCCAUAUCACUGUUCGAAAAUUUCCCUCUCAGUGGAUGUGGCGGUAAAGAAGAAGAAGUGAGAGUGACUUUGGUUCAAUUUACUUCUCGCGAGGACUCAGCUGUCGCUGAUUGCUUAAAUUGCUUUUUUGUCGGAAGAUUUGCACGAAAACUAUUUGCAGCCUCAGAACGCGCUCGGCUGGCAGUGGUUUCAUGCGAAAGAUUGGCUAUCCCGCAUCUAAUUACCAUCAACAGUGAUUGUGUUGUGUAUCUCAUGCUGCAAUCAUUUUCGAUGUAAUCACAUCGUUCAUCUUGACUUGUUACUUCCAUACUUAAAUCAGGCCCAAAGCAACAGCAAAUUAGCAAAAUGUGAAAUGAAACCUGACAACGACGCCGUCGCGAGGGUGAUUGACGAGAAGCGUGAGCGAAACAGCGAGCGAGACCAGGAAUGAAAUUGACUGUCACAGUGAUACACGAGACUCUGAGUGUGUAGCAGUUAUCGUUUUCGUGUGCAAUAUUCGUGACCGGAGUGAAGCAUUGGAGGGAGUGUUUUAUGUUUAGGGAUAGGAAUUAGGAAUUCAUCAAUCGUUUCAUAUUCACACACAGCUCCAUCUCGACUAUGUAUUUGAAUUGGGGAAGAGCUGGGAAACCUUUUUCAAAUUCUUUCUAAAUUCCCAUGUAAUGCUCAUAAAUGUUUCCCACGUGGGAAUAGUGAAUCCGUGCAGUACACAAAACGGAAGAAAAACAAACACACUGUAGAAUCAAGAAUCAUAUCGGGAAGAGUAUGGAUGUGUUGUUUCGCGUUGAAAGUUUACUUCAUCAUUAAGCCACAGGGCAUAGGAAGUCUAUUCAGCAAAAACAACUUUCUGCUGUGAUAGUAGCACGUGCAGGAAACGGGAGACGCAAGUAAAACAGCAGCAUCCUCCUGCCGGAGUCAACCAACAUGGAUGGAACCACCUCGACAACGGUGGAAAGCAACCCGGCUGGUGGCACCAAUCUGCCGACCUCAACCGUACUGCUGCCGGACGAUGUACUCGAGAAGCUGUACCAGAGCUACGCGCUCAAGCAGAAACGCGUCGCGUUCGGGUGCUAUCUGGCCGCCUCGAUACUGUUUGAUAUAUGGGCUAUCCUGGUUCCGCAGGGUCAAGGCUGGGAGAAUAUAGCGGUGGCAAGCUCCUGUUUGGUGUUAAACAUCCUUCUGGCGGUGAUUUUGCGCUUCUGCGGUAAGGGACGCUUUCGAGGUUUGCUGUGGGAGGUAGCGCCUCAUGCCGCCUGGCUGCUGGCCAUGAAGCAACUCUUCCUGCAGCUUUUCUUCAAGGCAUCUGUCACACCCAGAGACUUCCUCGGGUGGGCUGUGCUGCUUAAUUUUCUGGUGUACGUUACGCUUCCCGUGAUUCUCCAAUAUACUGGCAUCCUGCUGGGACUGGGGUCCUUUGUAACCUACAUCAAUGCAAUCAUCGGGUUGGCGAAGAAGGAAAACUUUUUCUGGGAACAGCAAAUUAUCAACAUUCUUUUGUUGAUAGCAGCAACGGCGAUCGGGUUGCUGUUCUACUUUUUGGCCGAAGCUAAACAACGAAGAGCUUUUCUUGAAGCGAAACAAGGCCUAGAGGUGAAAAUGCUGAUCGAGGAGCAAUCGGCUGAGCAGGAACGACUUCUCCUUUCUGUGCUUCCAGAGCAUGUGGCGGUGAAAAUGCGUCAAGAUUUGGGAUCCACCAACUCGGAACAGUUCAAGAAAAUCUACAUGAGCCGGCAUGAAAAUGUGAGUAUUCUAUAUGCAGAUAUUGUCGGAUUCACCGCAAUUUCGUCAACGUAUUCUGCUCAAGAUUUGGUGAAAAUUUUAAACGAGCUUUUCGCGCGCUUUGACCGACUUGCAGAGAAAUACCAGCAACUAAGGAUAAAAAUUCUGGGCGACUGCUAUUACUGCAUCAGCGGGGCUCCCGUGGAACGUCCGGAUCAUGCUGUUCUGUGCGUCCACAUGGGGCUAUCCAUGGUGAAAGCUAUUAAGUACGUACAACAGAAGACCAACUCCCCGGUCGACAUGAGGGUGGGUAUCCACACAGGAGCCGUGCUGGCAGGAAUUCUCGGCCAGCGUCAGUGGCAGUUCGAUGUCUACUCGAAAGACGUUGAACUGGCUAACAAGAUGGAAUCGAGCGGCAAGGCCGGCCGAGUUCACCUUUCCGACAAAACUCUGAGCUUUCUGAACGGAGAAUUCGAAGUGGAGCCUGCCUUCGGAGAGAAACGGGAGGAAGCGCUACGGAUAGCGGGUCUGAAGACUUUCUUCAUCACCAAGGUGGUGAAACCGUUUUGUCCCGCUGAACACCGGAUGAAUGGUUCGGCCGAUCCGAAAGAUGUAGUAAUUGAAGCGGAUGGGCCUUCGGAAGUAUUCCGUGAUGAGGAAGAAUCGAAGACUCCAGCCAGUGCCGAAUCCAAUGCUACAUUGGACGAAAAAUCAGCGCAAGAUAGUGCCACCGAAGAUUAUAAAGUACGCCUACGCAAGGAACUAGUUAGCCGCGAUGGUCACCAGGAAAUCUACAAGGACAUCAACUGGCUACUGCGGUUUAAAAACGAUGAAAUCGAGAUGUCCUACGUCUCGUACCGUCAACCACACAGUUCCAUCCCUCUGCUGGCAACGCUCGUUGUUCAGCUUGUCGGAAUCCUGUUUUCCAUUUUGGUUCUUCCACGGACGUCGGUCCACUUCGAAAUUGUUAUACCGCCACUAGUGAUCAUUGCGAUUCUAGUCUUCAUAUCGGUGGCGGAAAGUUUUCCCGGGAUUCUGCCAGCGUUCGUCACGUUGAACAGUAAACGUUUCAACGACUGUGUCGGCCUACGCAAAUCAACGGCAAUCAUAAUCGUGCUUCUCAUAGGAAUAUCAAAUGCUAGCGACAUGCUCGCAGCCUCCGGUAGAACCCCAAUGAAUCUGAACGUCACCAACGUGUCGUUUCUGUCCACGGAAAUGCACCCGUCAUUCAUUUGUCUGUACCCGUCGUAUUUUAGCAAUUUUGCUGUCCUCAUUUUGAUGGCCAUUUCCAUCAUCACGCAGCUGUCGCAUCUCAUCAAAAUAACGCUGAUGCUUAUUGUUACAGCCACUCAUUGCUACAUCAACAUAUUCCAACUAGAUGAAGCAUUCCGGAACGAGGAUUUCGAAAUAAUAAAUGUGUUCCCACUGCGCUACACACUUUCUGCCCUGCUGGUCGCGGUAACGAUUGCCCUGUCCCUGUUGGCUCGGCAUAUCGACAAGGUCGACCGGGUAAUCUUUAUGUGGAAGACGGAAGUCAGCGACCAGAAGGAACGGGCCAGUGACAUGCGACGGCGAAACGAAGCCUUGGUGUACAAUGUGCUUCCGAUACAUGUGGCCGAACACUUCAUGGGCAAUCGCAAGCGGUCCCAUGACGAUCUGUAUUCCCAGAGCUACGCCGAGGUGGGAGUUUUGUUUGCCAGCAUGCCAAACUUUUCAGACUUUUACUCAGAGGAAACAGUCAACAAUCAAGGGCUUGAGUGUUUGCGCUUUUUGAAUGAAGUGAUAUCGGAUUUCGAUGCGCUUUUAGAGUUACCCCAGUUUCAAGAUGUCAUCAAAAUUAAGACAAUCGGAUCAACUUACAUGGCAGCUAGUGGACUGAAUCCAUCGCGAAUUGUGAAACCGGAAGAUUCCAUCUCAGUGCGCUGGGCACAUUUGGCGUUGCUGGUUGAGUUCGCGUUAGAACUGAAGAAAGCCCUGCAGGGCAUCAACGAACAAUCAUUCAAUCAUUUUGUACUGAAAAUGGGUGUCAAUCAUGGGCCAAUUACAGCUGGCGUUAUCGGUGCUCGGAAACCUCACUACGACAUUUGGGGUAAUACGGUUAACGUGGCAUCACGAAUGGAAAGUACCGGAAAAGCAGGAGCGAUUCAGGUAACGGAAGAAACGUGUCAGAUCCUGCAAACCUUCGGGUACACGUUCGAGCAGCGUGGCCUGGUCGCGGUGAAAGGUAAAGGCCAAUUGAUGACAUACUACCUGCAGGGUAAAAUGCUGAAGAACGCAUCCCCGAUUCUUCCGGUAACCACGAUGGAAACCGUACAGGAAGUUGAGGAACCGAAGGAAUCUCCACAAGCACUUCCAUUUGAAUCUCCUGCUCACCACAUCAAUUCCGUUUCCUCUAGCACAACCAGUCCAAAUAGUGUGCGCCUAAAUCAGGAAUACGUGGAGAUGAAAGUGAGCAGUACAUCGAAUAUGUUAAUCGUUAACGAACAUAACCACCAGCAUUUGCAACAACAACAACAACAGACUACAAGUGGAAGUACAACUGCAACUAGUGUUGUAUCGAAGAGUGGAGGAGAAUCCAACCCGUUGGUUAACGGUGAAACAGAAGACAUGGACGUGCGAACGCCACUUCUAGAUGAUAAGAAUAGCACAAAUGCCAAUCACUUUAGCGAGAGCGAGAAGGAUGCGCUACUAGAGAAUAGCAAUUAGGUGGCGUGCAGUACAUAAUAUGUAAUUGGAACAUGUUCAGGAUGAAAGGACGUGAGCGCUUCUCGUCGGGCACUGGGUUGCGGAUUGUUCCAAAGAUAUAUUGUUGUUUUCAACGUUGCAGCAAUACUCGAUGUUAACAGAUAGCAAACCAUUGCAAUAUCAUUCGUUUCCAUAACUCCAGAAAAAAGUCAAGAGGGGGAAAGAAACUUCACAAAACAUUGCACUCACUUUCCGUUAAGUAGUAGUAAUUAGUUUUGUAGGAUGCGUCAUUUUUAGACUAAAUAUGAUAUGUUACAAUUGUUGACUUUUAGUAAAUAGAGCCGGAUCACUUCUCAACCAUUCAUGAUCUAUUUUAAACAAUUUUUCAAUGUACACCAAUUUUGUUAUACUCGUAUCAUUCUUUGACUGUGAUAAGCUUCAACGUGGUAUAUUUUAACGAUAUUGACAACCAACCCAGUACCCAAGAAAAUGGCAAUUUUUACUCAACAGCCGCUUCUUAUCUAUAGUGUAUGUAGGAAAACAAAGAAUAAGCUAAAAGAUUAUAUGUGCUGAUGCAGGAUGUGAUUAAAAUAGAGUAAAAAGACAACUGUAAGAGAUAGACACCCACAAUGAAGAAUCAUAUGAUAGGUAUAGCAGGUUUUACGAGAGAGUGAUUGCGACGAACGAACAAAAGGUUUUUUCGAUGAGUUUGGACUGUUGUUUAAUUGUUUAGAUCUGUUACUUCUUGGUCUCAAUCUGUCGCUUCUGGAAACAGAUGAGGAAAUAAAACACUAAAGACUGCCGUAAGUUAUAUCUCAUACAACCAAACCAAAUAGGCUAUUUGUUUCACUUAUUGAAUGGAUCGCUUUUUUUCAUCGAUCUAUGUCCAUUAUGUUCGUGUUUUACUGCAAUAAAAAAGGUAUGCACAAGUAAAUGCACAGCGAAAAUAUGUCACAAUAUUUUAAUGAAAACAUUCCACCGAAUAGCAAAUCACCUAUACAAAUAUUCAAGGUAUUCCUCCCAGCAUUGGAAGAUAGCGUAGAUUUAUAUGUGAAAAUGAAGAAAAAGAGUUGGUACAGAAAAAAAACUAAAUACACCAAAAAUUUCGACACAAGUUACUUGGAAAUAUAAAAGUUUGGUUGAAUUUGACAUAUCGAUAAACACAACAACAUAAAAGUAGUAUACAAAAAAUCUCGAACGAUUUUCAACUAUUCAUGUUCAGCAACCCUUGUUAUCGUUUGUUUUUCUUGUUUUCAAUAUUUUACUCUUGUUUAAGUAUUACAACUAUCAAAUAAUAGAUAACAUAAGAAUUAUUUAUCAAAGCCCAUUAAACGCAAUGAUUUGGAUUCGUUUAUUGCUGCUGAGAUCAACACUAAUAAGAAACACGAAAUAAAGUUAGCAUCAAUCUGUGGUGAACUAUAGCUACAUAUAGCAUCAAGUUAGUGGUAAGGAAAACCUAUAACAGAAAACUGAGACAUGUAUAGAAUAAAGACAAACUAUGUGAAUCAAGAUAAUCCCUCUAUUCAAAAUGAGACUAUCCUGCUA